UUCCCCAAAAUUAAAGCCCACGCUUCCUUCGUUUCCCGAUGCCAUUGCCGGCAUCCAUCUCCCUCUGCCCAAUCCCCCCGACGGAACCGACCACCGAUGACUUAGCGGCGGUGAAGGCAGCGGCAUGGGCCUGGUACCAGCAUGGGUCCGGCUCCGAUUCCAAGCCCAUGCGCGAAUUCGGCCUGACAAGGCCCACUACACACCCCAAGCCCUCUCGCUACAGGCUCGAGGCCGUCAGACGCUCCCAAACACCCUCUCUACUCGACAGCUACGAAGUCGCCAGCAUUUCACGGCGGUUAUCCGAUCUCCUGGACCCCACUGAUCGGAAUAAUUUUAGCCUCAGGAGCUUUGAAUCUGAACUUUUGGAUCUGGGUCGACAAAUUGAAAGGAAGACCACGAAGCCCAAGAAGUUUAGAACAGGUUUGUGGCGGCGGAGACCGUCGGUGAUGUGUGGCAAACUGGAGGAUGUGGUCGUUGGCACUCUCGUCCAUCCGCCCGGAAAACAACCGCGCCGGAGCACCGCCGGUCAUGAUCAUUAAAAGCUACUCCUAGUUACCUAAUUUAUUCUACUCUCAAAAUCAUAAAAAGAAUAUAGGAGGAAUUAUUAUU